AUGGAACUUAACCAUGAUUCGAUAUUCGCUCCUGCGGUUCCUAAUGAAAUUCAUGGAAUCAAGCUCUUGAGACAAACUUCGGAUGCUAAGCUUGCUGAACUUGGGGUUGUCUCUUGGCCUUUAUGGGAAAGCUUUCCACGCAAAUUUCCAUGGCAGUUUAAGAACACAGAAACGAUGUACUUCGUCGAGGGGAAGUUGAAGGUGAAGGUAGAAGAGCAUCACAAAGAAGGAGAAGCCUUAGAAUUAAUGGCAGGGGAUUUGGUUGUGUUUCCUAAAGACAUGAAAGUUUUUGUGGAUGUAACUGAAGAUGUGAAGAAACGUUAUUAUAGAGGAGAGGGAGUCAGAGAUUGUGAAUCUGAAUUACCUUAAUCUCCUAUAAUCUAUAUUAUCCUCAUAAGGCUA